AUGUCGAUGGGCAGACCUGCUCCAAAUUUCACCUUGAGUCCAGAUGCCCUUCCUGCUGAGCGUGACCCUGCUGAUCUGAGCUCUGAAGUCCACAGAGACCCACAUCUUCCUGAAGCAUCUCCAGGGCCCGGGUGGCACUGUCCAUGGGAGGAUCUGCCUCCAAGUGACCACCACCCGUGCAUCUCUCUGUCCAUCCUGCUGGCUCCGUGGCCUCCUCCGUCUGCUCAGCUGAGGCCACAGGGAGAAGACACUAUGACCUCCACCCUCACAGCCCUGCUCUACCUCGGGCUGAGUGUGGGCCUCAGGACCCCAGUGCAGGCAGGGCCCCUCCCCAAACCCACCCUCUGGGCUGAGCCAGACCCUGUGAUCCCCUGGGAGAGCCCCGUGACCAUCUGGUGUCAGGGAACCCCAGGGGCUGAGGAGUGCCGUCUGGAGAAAGAGGGAAGCCCAGCACCAUGGAAAAUACAGGAGCCCGGGGUAAAGGCCAAGUUCUCCAUCACACACAUGACAGAACGUGAUGCAGGGAGAUAUCGCUGUUACUAUCUCAGCCCUGCUGGCUGGUCAGAGCCCAGUGACCCCCUGGAGCUGGUGGUGACAGGAUCCUACAGCAAACCCAGCCUCUCAGCCCUGCCCAGCCCUGUCGUGCCCUCAGGAGGGAAUGUGACCCUCCAGUGUGGCUCAUGGCAGGGAUAUGACAGGUACAUUCUGACUAAGGAAGGAGAUCACAGGCUCUCCUGGACCCGGGACUCACAGCCACAGCUUAGUUGGCGGUCCCAGGCUCUGUUCCCUGUGGGCCCUGUGACCGCCGGCCACAGGGGGACAUUCAGAUGCUAUGGCUGUUACAGGAACAGCCCCCAGGUGUGUUCAAAACCCAGUGAGUCCCUGGAGCUCCUGGUCCCAGCAGACGUCUCCAAACCCUCCAUCUGGGCUGACCCAGGCCCCAUCAUCACCAAUGGGAGCUCUGUGACCAUCUGGUGUCAGGGGUCUCUGCAGGCUAGUGCCUACCUUCUGUAUAAAGAGAGGGGUUCUGAGCCCUGGAAAACCAGGAUCCCACACAACUCCAGCAACAAGGCCAGUUUCCUCAUUGGAGCCACGACCUCACACUACGCAGGGAUGUACCAGUGUGCAUAUUACACCACUGGGGACAUACUCUCAGAGCGGAGUGACCCCCUGCUCCUGGUGGUGACAGGAGUGGGUGGUGCACCCUCCCUCUCAGCCCAGCCAAGCCCUGUGGUGGCCUCAGGAGGGAACGUGUCCCUCUCCUGUAGCUCACGGUCCACAUUGGGCACUUUCCAUCUGCUGAAGGAGGGAGGGGCUGACCCGCCCCGAUGCAUGGAAGCAGAACCCAGGACCUAUGAUGGGAGGUGGCAGGCCCAGGCCAUCUUCCUUCUGGGCCCCGUGAGCCCCUCCCAUGGGGGGACCUACAGAUGCUAUGGUUCUUCCAGCUCCUACCCCAACGUGUGGUCACAGCCCAGUGACCCUCUGCACAUCGAGGUCACAGGUGUGCACAGGGAGCCCGCCCUCUCAGCCCAGCCAGGCUCGCUGGUGCUGCCUGGACACAGCCUGACCCUCCAGUGCCACGCGGAGGCCGGCUUUGACACAUUCGCUCUGACCAAGGACGAGGGGCUCACACCCCCUCAGCGCCUUGAGGGGCAGCACAGCCCCGACUUCCCCCUGGGCCACGUGAACCGCACCCACGGGGGCCGGUACAGAUGCUACAGUGGACACAACCUCUCCUCUGUGUGGUCAGCCCCCAGCGCCCCCCUGGACAUCCUGGUGGCAG